UAAACUACCGCGCCACUCCGGAAGUGAAGGGCAGACUCGGUUGUCAGCGCGCGAGUUUGACACGUGCCGCAGCAGUGAGACAUGGAGACCGUGGACACUUUAAUCCUGCGGCUGCACGAGCUCCAGGCCGUCCGGUUCGGAUCAUUCAGACUCAAGAGCGGCAUCGAGUCCCCGAUUUACUUCGACCUGAGAGUCAUCGUGUCCCACCCGGACCUCAUGAACCGGGUGUCGGCUCUGCUCCAUCAGUGUGUCCAGGACGCGGGCGUGGUGUUUGACACUGUGUGUGGCGUCCCGUACACGGCUCUGCCUUUAGCCACCAUCAUCUGCUGCACUCAGCACUACCCCAUGCUCAUCCGCCGCAAAGAGGCCAAGGACUACGGGACGAAGCGUCUGAUCGAGGGCGCGGUGCGUCCGGGCGAGGUCUGCCUGAUCGUGGAGGACGUAGUGACGAGCGGCAGCAGCGUCAUGGAGACGGCGCAGGAGCUCCGGGCUCAGGGGUUAAAGGUCACGGACGCGGUGGUGCUGUUGGACCGUGAGCAGGGCGGUGCGGGGCGACUCUCCGGCGAGGGCAUCGCGCUCCACCCCGUCGUCUCCGUCUCUCGGCUCCUGGACGUCCUCCUACGAUCGGACCGGAUCGACCGGCAGACCUUCGACAGCGUGCAGAAGUUCAUCCGGGAGAACCAGACGUUCAGGCCGGCGCAGGAGGAGGAAGUGGAGGAGGAGAAGAAGAAGAAGAAGAACGGGAGUGGAGAGAUGAGUUACGGCGCCCGGGCCGCGCUCCCCUCCACACACCCCGUCGCCAAGCGUCUGCUCACACUGAUGGAGGAGAAACGCACCAAUCUGUGUGUCUCGGCGGACGUCACACACACGCGUGAGCUGCUGGAGCUGGCGGAGACGCUCGGACCGCUCGUCUGCGUGGUGAAGACGCACGUGGACGUCCUGCAGGACUUCAGCAGCGACGCCAUGGACAAGCUGAAGGAGCUGAGCCACAAACACAACUUCCUCAUCUUCGAGGACAGAAAGUUCGCUGACAUCGGAAACACCGUCAGACACCAGUACGAAGGUGGUGUGUACCGUAUCUCCUCGUGGUCUCACAUCAUUAACGCUCACACUGUGCCCGGCCCGGGCGUGGUCGCUGGGCUGAAGGCUGUGGGGCGGAGUCUCGGUCACGGCUGUUUACUCAUCGCCCAAAUGAGCUCACAGGGAGCGCUGACGAACGAGCAGUACACACACACCACGGUAAAGAUGGCGGAUGAUCACCCAGACUUUGUGUUCGGAUUCAUCAGCGGGUCAAAGGUCAGCGCUAAGCCUGAGCAUGUGCACAUGACCCCAGGAGUGCAGUUACAGAGUGGAGGCGACGACCUCGGGCAGCAGUACACCACCCCGGACGAGGUCAUUCGCUCUAAAGGCUCUGAUGUCAUCAUUGUUGGACGGGGAAUCCUGUCGGCGUCGGACAGGCGGCAGGAAGCGGAGAAGUACCGGAAGGCUGGAUGGGAGGCGUAUCUCAGCCGACUGGCGUCAUCCUGAUAACCGGAUCAGAACAAAUACUUAAUUUAAUCCUUCAUUUUGAUUUUUGAGAUUCUGAUAUGAAUCCUGAGCCUCAAUAAAAUCCUCUUCACAUUCCUAA